GCAAAACAAGGCAUGGGGUUGGAGGAGGCCUCUGGCUCUAGGGCUCCAAAAGCGAACAUGAGGCCUCUGCCCCAUCCCAGUCCCCGGGGCCUUGCAUUCCUGCCCUGAGCUGGGGUUGAAGACAGGGAUACAGAGGGGCUCUACCCCAAGAUCAAUAGUGGCCUCUGGUUUUUGUUUUUGUUUUUUUUUUUUUUUGUCCUCAGCAUUAUUGGGACUCACCUGGCUAGGGCCUCUACCUAUGAAAGAAAUUCAUUAUCAUCCCCAUUUCACAGAUAAGGACACAAGCUCAGACAGGUGAGGCAAAUAACCCAAGCCCUCACAGGCAGCUAGUGGCAAAGCCAAGGGUAUUAACCAAGGCCAUCUGCUGUUAGGCUUACCCGGAUGCAUCUGAGGGAGCCCAAUGGCAAUGUGUAACUGAUGUGGCCCUUGACUCUUCUAGGCCCUUGCCUCCCUCUGCUUGUUUCAGGGAGGUGGAGGCCUGGCUAGGACAGGACAGGGCAGGUGAUGGGAGAGGAGAGGUAAGCUAUAGAGAUGCCAGCCCAAUGCUAAGGUUGAUUGGGCACAGGCCAGGCUUGGACUCGGACAGGUGGAUGGAAGGUGGUCUACAAGGACAGAGGUGGGGGUCCUGUCACAGGCUCUGGAAGUAUCAGGUAGCUGGACCAGAAAUGUCCUACGUCCUCUUCUGCUCUCCUGGCCGCAAACCUCCCAGGGACUGAGCUCCCCACCUGGGGGCACAGGUAGAGUGAGAAGGAUGUUUGGAUAUGGGGAUGGAUCCCCGGUUAGGGGAGGGCUUCAGCCUGAGGCCACUCCACCCAAGCCCUUGGCCCUGUUCUGUUCUGUUCUGCCAGGUUCGUUGGGGGUUGACAGCUUUAUCUUUGCCUUUUGACGAGUGGCCUGUGGUUUUCCUGCCAACAGCUUCUGUUUCCGGAGGCUCAGCAGGGCUGAGGCGGAGCCAGGAGGGGCAGUGGGGCUGGGCCUGGGUGGCCCCACUAGCCCCGCCCCCAUCCAUCUUUGGGAAUUUAUUUGUCCACAGACAGGGCUGGCCCACAGUCCAUUGCCUGCCAGGGGCCAAGAGCUGCUCUGACCACCCAAGGAUUCUCUUUCUCAAUCCAAAUGCCUCCAACUAACCCCUGACUCCUGACCUCUGGCCCCAAGCUGCCUUGCCCUACCCUUCCUAAGGGACCAGGAAACCCCUAGAAGCUCCAUUGUAGACGUGGGCGUUGACGCUGGUCUCACCUCAAGAGCAAAGGCUGUGCAAGGCGCUCAGUUCUCAGCCCCUAGCCUGGUCCACCAUGGCACAGAGGCUCCAGGAUGAGCUGUCUGCUUUCUUCUUUGAGUAUGACACUCCCCGAAUGGUGCUCGUGCGCAACAAGAAGGUGGGCGUCGUCUUCCGCCUGAUCCAGUUCGUGGUUCUGGUCUACGUCAUCGGGUGGGUGUUUGUCUACGAGAAAGGCUACCAGACCUCAAGUGGCCUCAUCAGCAGCGUGUCUGUGAAACUCAAGGGUCUGGCCGUGACACAGCUCCCAGGCCUGGGCCCCCAAGUCUGGGAUGUAGCUGACUACGUCUUCCCAGCCCAGGGGGACAGCUCCUUUGUGAUCAUGACGAAUUUCAUUGCAACCCCCCGGCAGGCUCAAGGCUACUGUGCAGAGCACCCGGAAGGGGGCAUAUGCACAAAUGACACUGGCUGCACCCCAGGGAAGGCAGAAAGGAAGGCCCAAGGUAUCCGCACAGGCAAGUGUGUGGCCUUCAACGACACUGUGCAGACAUGUGAGAUCUUUGGCUGGUGUCCCGUGGAGGUGGACGACAACGUCCCACGCCCUGCCCUUCUCCAAGAAGCCGAGAACUUCACUCUCUUCAUCAAGAACAGCAUCAGCUUUCCACGCUUCAAGGUCAACAGGCGCAACCUGGUGGAAGAGGUGGAUGCGGCCUACAUGAGGACCUGCCUCUAUCACAAGGCCUUGCACCCACUGUGCCCCGUCUUCAAGCUUGGCUAUGUGGUACAAGAGUCAGGACAGAAUUUUAGCACCCUGGCUGAAAAGGGCGGCGUGGUAGGCAUCACCAUUGACUGGAACUGUGACCUGGACUGGCAGGUACAGCACUGCAAGCCCAUCUACGAGUUCCAUGGACUGUAUGAGGAGAAAAACCUGUCUCCAGGCUUCAAUUUCAGGUUCGCCAGGCACUUCGUGGAAAACGGGACCAACCACCGGCACCUCUUCAAGGUGUUUGGGAUUCGCUUUGACAUUCUCGUGGAUGGCAAGGCUGGGAAGUUUGACAUCAUCCCCACAAUGACGACCAUCGGCUCUGGAAUUGGCAUCUUUGGAGUGGCCACGGUUCUCUGUGACCUGCUGCUGCUCCACAUCCUGCCCAAGAGGCACUACUACAAGCAGAAGAAGUUCAAGUAUGCGGAGGACAUGGGGCCGGGGGCGGGGGAGCAUGACCCCGCGGCCACCAGCUCCACCCUGGGCCUGCAGGACAACAUGAAGACAUCCUGACCCUCGGCCCCUGACUCCUAACCGGACACAGCAUGACACUUCAGGCGGGGGCCCUGGUGGGGUCCCAGCCAGGACACAGAGGUCUCCUCAGGAGCUCUCCAACCUCUUAGCCAGGCAGACACUAGGUUGCCUGCGGCUCAGCGUGGACACUGGGAGAGACCUGUGCAAUUCUGGGCUCUGGCCCCAACUCCACAACAUCCAAGGGAGCUUCACCCAGCCUCAGCCACUCCUGGUCUAGAGCAACUGGGGCUGGGCAAGGCUCCUCUCACACUCCUGUGUCAGAGAAGUGUGCUUCUCUCUCUGGGCCCUCACGCUACCCCACUGCCUCACGUCUCUAGAUCCAUGCUUUCCCAUAUGGCAGACACUAGCCAUGAUGACAAUUUAAAUUUAUAUUAACUUAAAUUGAAUAAAAUACAAAAUUCAGUUCCUAAAACUA